AGAUUGGGCAUGACCAUGGGGGCCAGGCUGUGGGUGUAGCCACUGAGACAGCUGGGGGAGAGCGAGAGAGGAGGAAAGGCAAGCCAGCACCAGCCAAGCACCCUGCACUCCUCCUGGGAAAGAUGGGGGAGACAGAGGAGGAGAAGGACCAGGCAGGGAAGCUGUUUGAGAACUUCAUCCAGGCCUCCACCUGUAAGGGCACCCUACAGUCCUUCAACCUCCUGUGCAGGCUGCUGGAUCUAGACCCACAGGACCAUGAGACGUUCUACUGUAGUCUGAAGACCAGGCUCACAUCCUGGAGGGCCAAAGCCCUCUGGACCAAGCUGGACAAGAGAACCUGCCACAAGGAGUACAAGAAGGGCCAAGCCUGUGUGGGCACCAAGUGCCUUAUCAUCGGGGGAGGCCCAUGUGGCUUGCGGACGGCAAUCGAGCUGGCUCUGCUGGGGGCCAAGGUGGUGGUGAUUGAGAAGAGGGACACCUUCUCCAGGAACAACGUGCUGCACCUGUGGCCCUACACCAUCCACGACCUCAAGGGCCUCGGGGCUAAGAAGUUCUAUGGCAAAUUCUGUGCUGGAGCCAUAGACCACAUCAGUAUUCGUCAGCUCCAGCUCAUGCUGCUGAAGAUCGCCCUGCUCGCAGCUGUGGAGUUCCACGUCAAUGUGGAGUUUGUCAAGCUGCUGGAACCUCCAGAGAACCAGGAGAAUGACGGGCUUGGCUGGAGAGCUGAGAUCAGGCCUGCCGAUCACCCUGUGGCUAAUAUUGACUUUGACGUGGUGGUGGGGGCUGAUGGGAGGAGAAAUACCCUGGAAGGGUUCAAGAGGAAGGAGUUCCGUGGUAAGCUGGCUAUCGCCAUCACGGCCAACUUUGUCAACGGGAACACCACGGCCGAGGCCAAGGUGGAGGAGAUCAGCGGUGUGGCCUUCAUCUUUAACCAGAAGUUCUUCCUGGACCUCAAAGAGGAGACAGGUAUUGACCUGGAGAACAUUGUGUACUACAAGGACAACACACACUACUUUGUCAUGACAGCAAAGAAGCAGAGCCUACUGGACAAGGGGGUCAUCAUUCAUGACUACAUAGACACAGAGAUGCUGCUGAGCAGUACGAAUGUGAACCAGGAAGCUCUGCUGGGUUACGCCCGCGAAGCUGCUGACUUUGGCACCAACUACCAGCUUCCCACGCUGGACUUUGCCAUAAAUGCCUGUGGCCAGCCGGACGUGGCCAUGUUUGACUUCACCAGCAUGUAUGCCUCGGAGAACGCAGCGCUGGUCAGAGAACGCUUCGGACGCCAGCUACUGGUGGCACUGGUUGGGGACAGCUUGUUAGAGCCGUUCUGGCCCAUGGGUACAGGGUGUGCGAGAGGCUUCCUGGCUGCUUUUGACUCAGCCUGGAUGGUGAAAAGGUGGACUGAGGGCAUGACCCCUCUGGAGGUGCUAGCUGAGAGGGAGAGUCUUUACAGAAUUCUGCCGCAGACAACCACUGAAAACAUUGGCAAAAACUUUGAGCAGUACACCAUUGACCCUGGGACUCGGUAUCCCAACCUCAUCUCCACCUGUGUCAGGCAAAACCAGGUGCGUCACCUGUACAUCAAUGGAGAGCUGCCAGUGAAGUCGUGCUCUCUGGAACGUAAUGGUACAAUACGUCGCCCUGUGAACCUGGCCAGACGAGAGUCGGAGAUCAGGCCGGGCAGGCUGCUGACGUGGUGUCAGAAACAGACCGAGGGCUACAGGAACGUGAACGUGACAGACCUGACCACCUCGUGGCAGAGCGGCCUGGCUCUCUGUGCCCUCAUCCACCGGUUCAGAUCCCACCUCAUAGAGUUUGAUUCGCUGAAUGAGGAGGAUUCGGCUAACAACCUCCAGCUGGCAUGUGACCUGGCUGAGCGGGAGUUUGGCAUCCGGCCCUUCGUCACUGGAAAGGAGAUGGCUGCUGGUCAGGAACCAGACAAGACCGGAAUGGUCACCUACCUCUCCAAGUUCUACGAGCUGUUCCGUGGCACCCCCCUGCCCGUCUCAGAUUCUAGAGGGGCCGACGAAAACAGUGAAGACUAUCCUUCCAAGGCAGUCAGAAGUAUGAACAAAGUUCUGGUACCAAGAAAAAGGGUACCGAAGGAUGAGAAGAAGCUAGAAGAUACUGACCCAACGUACAAAAGGAGACGAAAAGUCUGCAAUUAUUUGGAAGAGGCAACCAACUUCUCCAGUCAGAGUGCGUCCUGUGUGGGUGAGGAGAGGGGGGUUAAGGAGAACAAGGUCCGCUCCAUGGCCAGCCAGCUCCUGUCCAAGUUUGAGGAGAGCAACCCCAGCUUCACCCUCCGGAGACAGAAGAAAGCUCAGACCCAGAAUGCUAGAUCGUUUCACAAUAAAAGUAUCAAAGAGAAAGCUGUCCACCUGAGAGUACUGUUCUCUGAGGAUUUGGCCUCUACGUCCCAGCCUGGAUCUGCUGAACAGACCAUUCCCUCUCCUCCCAUCCCCCCUGCUCCCAGUCCUAAAUUCACUUCCCUCCUCUGUCCAGAAAUGACCCUUUCUACCUUCUCACUCCCUCAAACCGUGUCUUCAUCCUCAUCCAUUCUACUCCAACUCAAGACCAGUCAAUCUGGGGCACUAGAUAUGCAGCUUUGUAUGAAAGAAAUGCAAAGAGAUCCCUUGAAUGAGUCACAUGUGCGGAAGGUGGGGAAGGAGUCUCUGGCCAUAGCAGCCAGGGCUGAGACGCUGGUCACCCUCUAUGAGACUGACCACAGGCCUAAAGCCUCCUCCCCAUGUUCACCCCCAGCCUCUCCGCCUCUGUCUCCGGGUUCCUUGCGGAGGGAGUUCCCCGGGUCUGGUGACAAGUGUCACUCCUGUCAGAAGCGCGUGUAUGUGGUGGAGAGGAUCAGUGCUGAGGGACUUUAUUUCCACAGGGAAUGCUUUCGCUGUGACACCUGUGGCGCCGCCCUACGCCAGGGAGGCCAUGCCUUCGACUCUGAGCAGGGCAAGUUGUACUGCAAGCUGCACUUCACACAACGUAAAAAUGGAAUGAACCAUCGGAGGACAUUCAAUUCACAUCUGGGUCAGAAUGGAGCUGGGGUUCAGGAGGGAUCAGAGACACAGACUCCCAACGGUGACCCAACAGAAGGCCUGCAGGGCCAGUCACCAGGUACCUUCAGCUCCCGCCUGAGGAAGAGCCUGAGCUGGCCCCUGAGUGUGACCCGGGCUGUGUGUGACUCCCCCCGCCUCCUGUCUCGCUGGGUGCAUGGUACGGCCCAGGCUGUGGGCCUCCACUUUAGGGCCAAUGUGCAGGACUAUGUCUUCCUGUACGAGCUGCUGAGCCUGGGAGUGCCCCUGCUGUUCAUGCUCCAGGAGGUCCUGCUGCAGAUGUACUCUGAAACCGGGCCUGUCUCCCAGUCCAUCCAGCCCCUACUGCUGUGGCUGGAGGAACACCUGGGCCACAGGCUCAUGUAGAGGCCCACCAGGGAGGGAAUCCUAAGCCUAACCCUAUCCCUAACCCUCGUGCAAUAGGGUCUGAAGCUUGGCUGAACAUUAACUAGUGUAUCUUGCAUUUGUGCCAAGUCAUAUGACGGCAAGCUACCAUUUUACCAUGCACCUUGUUAAUAUUUUCUCACAGGAUAUGUAGCUGUCAGUGCAUUAGAUCUAGUCCUACACCAACCAAAGAACAAAUAACAUUUCCCACGCAGUAUCUUGGUUUGUGAUACGUGUGGUAGUUUUUCAUGAACAUGAUAUUUUUCUUUGUGAUGAGGGGGAAUGUGCUGUACAUGGUUUCAUGGUGGUCUAAAUCAUUUACGGUAUGUGGUUGAGUUUUUGCGCGGAAGAAGUAAUCUAAAUGAAAAGACUGACUUGAAGCACUUUAACUUGGGGAGCUGCCUUGACCUGUGGCUGAUGCCUGAUGAAUGGUGUGGAAGUUUAUGGCUGCCUAAUGGUUAUCCAGGGCUUGGAUAAUGACUAGUGCUGACGCUGCACGUUUACCAAACCCUGCUGAACUCACAGGUCGGGGUCGGGGGCCAACGUGGAUCUGUGCUUGACCAGAUUUUCUCAUCUUUUUUUCUAUUUCAAUAUUGUUUGCACAAGUUUACAUUUAAAAGUUAUUGUAAGAUCUCUUAUGACACCAUGACCGUAGUGUACUUUCGCUACACAUUAUGAUAACUUGUAUUGCUUUAUUUUAUGGCCCAGUGCCUCCAGUAUUUUUGUGCAUUGUCCGUUGUACUUAAAAAGCGGAAGAGCUUUCAUGGCCAUGGGCUUUGGUUUACGACUCCAGUUCAUGGACUGUUAAAUGCUUACUCAUUGCUGCCACCUGUUGGUGAAACAGAUGCAAGGCCAAAUUCAAUUUACUGUAUGAUGAGGUGGAAUAUGGGACAAUCUUCUUAAGAGUUGAUGUAUGUUUGUAAUAUCAUUUUUCUUCAUUUUUGUUAUUUUGUACAAGUCUAUUUCACUUAAAUAUGUUUUUCAUAAUGUUACGAAUAUUGCUGAAAGGAAUUGUUCAGGAGGACAGAAUCUGACAUGAUAACUCAGGCUAUGUUUGAAUGCUGUGGUGUGUAUGUGCUUUCCUGAACCUGAAGUUACAUAAUUCAUGCAGUACACUGUACAGUGCUACUGUGUGUUGUUGAGUAGCACAAUCUCAUGUUUUCUCAAUGCCUUUUCUUUGACUAUCUAACAAUUACAAAGUUUCAAUACAUUUUAACUGGAUUUGAUCCUUCCUCUGAUUUCUCUCUGUAUUCUAACCUAUAUUUCCUUCCUUUAAUUUCUUCUCAUGUUCGCUUGAAGUCUGUUUUCAACUUUCUGAUGAUGAGCCUCCUGAUUGGUUAGGAGACAUGCCAUUCUGAAGGUGAUCACCUGCAUGGUCACAUGGUUAUGUGAAUAAUGUUUUGGAGUGAAUGUCUGGUCAGAUUAGUCCAAGUUACUGUCAGCACUUCCACACACAAAUAAAAAAUGCUUCUAACCCCUGUGUUUGAGCUACAGACAGCAGUAUUUAAGCAUUGUAUUUUUCUGUUUCGUCUGCACCCGGCGAUACCAACCAUUUGCCGAUGUACUUAACGGAGGCUGAACUAGAGCAGUGUUUGCGAGACAAUGGCAGUUCCUGAAAACGGUUCUUCUCACAAAAAUGUCUAAUCUACAAACUAUUAUGAUCCUACUAUCGAAAGGCUGAGCUUCACAAACACACAAGUGUGUUCUGUCAUGACAGCUUUCUGUCAUGUAGAGGCAUGCCACUCUUUCUCCCAUCUUUUGCCAUCUUUCUUUCUCUCUUCCAGAAGCUGUCACCCAGGAGAACUUUCUCUUGACCCACACAAACAAAGUGAAUUCAUAUCCCAACAGGUUCAUAACUCAUGUUGUCUUAAAUGAAUGCAUUGAAUAAUGUAUUAUGGGACUUCUAAUGCAGCCUGCUUUUCUCAUGGAGAUUCUGUGUUGCUUUAUGUAUGACCGAAAGCAACACAUGUAAAUAAAUGAACAGAGUUAUUUGUCAUCUUGA